AUGACUUCAUCCUCUACGCAUCCUUUUCUGACUUUACUGAAAAAAAAUUAUGGAGGUGAAGACGAAAAUAUUUAUUCAUUGAAUCAACGAAAUAUCAAUGCAUUUCAGGAUGUUAUUGGAUUUUCAACUCUGCCAGAUCAAAUACAUAAAAAGACACUUAAACGUGGCUUCGAAUUCACAAUUAUGGUUGUUGUACAUAUCCAUCGGACUGUUGAAAUUGAAACACGAACAGUCGAACUUGAAGAAAAAGGUGUAAAAUUGCGUUUAACAGUUGUGGAUACACCGGGAUUUGGCGAUGGUCUCAACUCGACAGAUUGUUGGAAGCCAAUUUCUGAAUUUAUUGAUCAACAAUUUUUAAAGUAUUUUCAAGCAGAAACAAGUUUUGGUGUUGAACGAAAAUAUGUGCAAGAUCAACGUGUUCAUUGUUGCCUUUAUUUCAUUCCACCUAGUAUUCGAGGAUUGAGACCAAUUGAUCGAGAUUUCUUAUUUCAUUUGCAACAUAAAGUGAACAUAAUACCAGUUAUCGCUAAAGCAGAUACCCUAUUAAAAUCAGAACUAACAGUGUUAAAAAAACAACUUCUGAAUGAUAUAGAACACCAUAGUAUUCAAUUGUAUGAUUUUCCUGAGAAUGGUGCUAAUCAAGUUGAAGAGAGUCAGCAAUUAGAUCGAGCAUUGAGAGAAUCGAUUCCAUUCGCCAUUAUUGGCUCGAAUGUGAUCGUAGAGUCAAAUGGUCAUAAAAUACGUGCUCGUACCUAUCCAUGGGGUGUGAUUGAUGUUGAAGACACAAAAUAUAGUGAUCUAUCACAUUUAAGAGAAAUGUUAUGCAAAACACAUUUACAAGAUUUGAAAGAUAUUACUUCUGAUAUUCAUUAUGAAAAUUAUCGUGCACAACAAAUGGUAGGAAAGAAGACAAUAAAUCAUAUUUAUGAAGAUGAUCCCUAUGAGCAUGACGAAUCAAAACAAAAACUAUUACAACAGAAAGACGAACAGAUUCGCGAAAUGAAAAAACUUUUAUUCGAUAUGCAUCAAAAAAUGAAUCCAUAUCAUACAAUUAGCAACAAUAGUGAAAGUGGAGAAAGAUCAAUUAAAAUUUAG